AAAACUGCUCUCAGAUCAAACAUUGCUAUGCCGUCACUAUUUGUUUGACCUGGUUUAACUGGUUAUUAGCCUUUGAUCUUCAUGGCCUUCUCAACCCCUUUUCCCUUCUCUGUCCUCCUUUUGGCUGGGGAUGAGAAACAACAAAUCUGAGAGCUGAAAACGUAGCCUGGAAACCUCUUACCAAUGAUUGGGAUGGUCUUUGUCUAAAGCAGCACAUCAGGCUUUUGCUUGUCUGUCUCACAGGAGAGGGGUGCAGGAAAGAAAAGGAAGAUGCAGCUGCUAUUACCAAUUCUCAUCUGUAUGUGCCCUGCUGUUGCUGCACAGCACCGCUUGGUGGAAGAUAUAUGUACUGCCAAACCAAAGGAUAUUCCAGUAAACCCAGUUUGCAUUUACCGCAACCCUGAGAAAAAGCCACAAGAGGAUGCAAGCUCUCCAUCUGAUACAGAAACAAUCCCCACCAGUACAAACCCUCGAGUCUGGGAGUUGUCCAAGGCUAAUACCCGCUUUGCUUCUGUCUUCUACAAAAAACUCACCAACUCCAGGAAUGCCAACGAGAACAUCUUCAUGUCACCAAUCAGCAUCUCCACAGCCUUCGCCAUGACCAAGCUAGGAGCCUGUGGCAAUACCCUUCAGCAGUUAAUGACGGUUUUUAAGUUUGAUACCAUUUCUGCAAAGACAUCAGAUCAAAUCCACUUCUUCUUUGCCAAACUGAACUGUCGACUUUACAAAAAGGUCAACAAAUCCUCAGAGCUGGUGUCAGCCAACCGCCUCUUUGGGGAAAAGUCCCUAAACUUUAAUGAAACCUACCAGAAUAUUAGCGAAGUGGUGUAUGGAGCUAAACUCUGGCCUUUGAAUUUCAAGGAGAAGCCAGAGUUAUCAAGGGCAUUAAUUAAUAAUUGGGUGGCAAAUAAGACAGAGAAACGCAUCAUGGAAGUAAUCCCGGAAGGAGGCAUUGAUAGCAACACUGUUUUGGUGCUAGUCAACACUAUCUAUUUCAAGGGCCACUGGAAAUCCAAGUUCCACCUUGAAAACACAAAGGUGGAGCCAUUUUUCAGAGCUACCUCUGAGCCUUGCCCAGUGCCUACAAUGUAUCAGGAAGCUUCCUUCCGCUAUGCCUCCAUUCCAAGUUCUAGAGUACAGGUGCUGGAGCUUCCCUACAAAGGAGAUGAUAUCACAAUGGUGCUCAUCUUGCCGUAUGUGAACACACCCUUGGCCGAAGUGGAACAGGCACUGACGUCAGAGAAACUGGAAAGCUGGUUGAACUCCAUGAGUGAAGUUUCCCUCUCGGUACAUCUUCCCCGUUUCCGAAUAGAGGACAAGUUUAGCUUGAAGGAAAAACUACAACAUAUGGGAUUGAGGGAUCUCUUCAGCCCUGAACAUGCCAGUCUGCCAGGUAUAAUUACAGGAUCUGAACCAAACCUUUAUGUAUCUGAAGCCUUCCACAAAGCUUCUCUUGAGGUGAAUGAAGAAGGCAGUGAAGCAUCAGCUGCCACAGCAGUUAUGAUCACAGGUCGUUCAUUUCCUUUGAACAAACACGUCUUCAAAGCCAACAAACCUUUCCUGGUGCUUAUAUGUGAAGCUGCCAUCAACUCUAUCCUGUUCAUGGGCAGAGUUGCUGAUCCUUGCUCUUAAAACGUCUGUUAUUGUGGUGAUGGUUUUAGACUCCUAUUGCUGAACCAACUCUGCACGUUUUAAUGCCUAGCUAAUAAAACACCAUUCCUGUAUCUCUGGUGCAUUGUGCCCAUACUCAGUGAAUGUAAACCUUGCCAAAAUCUCAUCUUUUUUUCCCCUUUUCUUUCUUUUGUUGCUAUCAGACAGUUUUGCUCAGUGUGGGCACAGUGGGCUUUCCAUUGUUGCUGGGCUGCAUUUCCCAUCAGCCAUAGCCAAAACAGGUGAUGGUGAGGAAUGCUGAGAGUUGCAAUCCAACAAUAUUUGAAGGGCCACAUUGUGCCAUCCCUUGAUCUUGGCUGCUAGCUGCUGGAAUUUUACAGUCCAGCAAGAAUGGGACUUGCAAGAAUAUUUGUUAGGGACAAAUCAUUAGCUUUCAAGAUAAAUCAUUUGCAUCAGCCACGUGUGCUUACUCCAACCUUUACAUUUUUCUAUUUCUAUCUGCAAUUACUGUUUGCCAACCUUUCUGUUUAAAAGCUCUGAAUUUUACAAGCAGAAUCAUUUGUUAAAAGAAAGUACAGGGGUAUAUAUCUUAACAAUUUAAAAUAAACAGAUGUCCUAGCUCUCUAGCAGUGCUCAGAAAGAGCUGUUUAACUAGUGGUGUCUCCAAAAGGACUGUGACCUUCUUUAUGGCAGAUGUUUAUGGACACUGGCAGUGCAGUAUGAUAGAUGUCCCAGUCUCAAGUCGGGGGGGGGCAUCCAAAUGAAGGUACUUAUAGCAAAGAAAUGGUUGGAUAGAUAACUAGAAUUCUGAUUUGUGGGCAUGCUUUUGCAGAAUGAAGACUAGACCAAGGGAUAUGAAUCCAAAAUGCAGCACAAAUGCCACAGUAGACCAUUCCUACCCUCCAGAACCAGCCCAGUCCCCUCACUGGGCUCUGUGCAGCAUGCACAUCCAUCAGCAUUGCCAUCGCACCAAUUGUGGAAGUAGUCCCACCAGUGCUUCCUUGCUUCUCCCCAGAGCUCACCACUCUGGUGAGGAGGCAGGAAGAUGAGUCUCCAUGCUCAGAUGCUGAGCAGUUGGCUGUGAGAAAUGGAGAUGCGCCCAUGGGACUACUUCUGCAAUUGGCAUGACGAUGAUGUUGAUGGAUACGUGUGCUGCACGGAACCCAGUCAAUGGACUCGGCUGGUUACGGGGGGGUGGGGCGGGAAUGGAUUGCUGCGGUACCGCGUUUUGCAUUCGUAUUCCCUAGAUACAAACAUGAAGUGCUCAUAUCUAAUGAAGACAUGUCUAAUAAAAACCCUAACAUCCCAUUCAAAGGAUCACACAGUUAUAUCCACGAAAAAACAAAGCCCAGCCUCCAGAGAUGUAUGGCAUUCAAUCUAUGCAAUUUUGUCUGAAAGAAAAGUAGGAUUAAUUAAAUGGCAGCAAACUCAUUCUUAGAGAUCCAACAAAUAAGAUAUUAUUUAGCCUUGGAUAUAGGCAUCCCAACUUUUUGAAGCCCUUUGUGAACUACUGAAGAGGGGAAGGAAAACUGCAAUUAAAAAUUAUUCUCACCUA